AUUUUCCUUCCCUAUUAUUAUGUAUGAUCAUGAUUUUGAAUUUUUGAUACUGAUCUUGUUCAUCGGAUUUGAAAACUUUUAAUAAUAUUUCGUGUUGAAAUUUAUGCGCUUUGCUUAUAAUCUCUAAAGAUAAACAUGAUGUGAAGUAUAACAUUGCAAUCCAUGGAGAGAGAAAGAUGAGAGAAUUUGAGGUGGUCAAAGCAGCCUCAAAUAGUAGUGUUGGAUUGGAUAAUGGAAAUUGCAAAGACAGUUUUUUUUUUGUGGAAUGCCAACCGUUCCUUCCCCUAGGAAUUAGUGGAGCCUCUAUUCUCAUUCCAGAAGGACACAGACAGAGAGAGAGAGAGUGGUGGAAUUACUCACUCUCUCUCUCUGUUGGCCCCAAGGCCUUGUUGUUUCGUCGCCUCUCUGGUGUUGUAUGAAUUGUUCUUUCAGAUAACACAUCAACCAAAGCAGGAAGAGAGGGAAGCACACACGAUUAAGUAAUUGACAAUGAGCAAGGCCUCCAUUUCCAAGGAGCUCAACGACAAGCACACCAAGAUUUUAGAAGGUCUUCUUAAGAUGCCAGAAAACCGGGAAUGUGCUGAUUGUCGGAGCAAAGCCCCACGAUGGGCAAGUGUGAAUCUGGGAAUAUUUAUUUGCAUGCAAUGUUCAGGAAUUCAUCGGAGCCUUGGAGUGCACAUUUCAAAGGUCCGGUCUACUACUUUGGAUACAUGGCUGCCAGAGCAGAUUGCUUUUAUGGAAUCUUUGGGUAAUGAAAAGGCAAACAAUUAUUGGGAAAAAAAGUUGCCACUAAAUGCAGACAGAAGUGCGAUCGAGAAGUUUAUUCGUGCCAAGUAUGAGGGGAAAAAGUGGGUUGCAAAGGAUGCAAAACAGCCCGCUCCUGAACCAGUUGAAAUGGGCACCAGUUCUAACAAGUUGGUAGAAGGUGGAGCCACCAGUGGCAAGAAACUAAGGAGGCAUUCUCUUGAGGAAGCAAUACUUCCUACACAUCUUUCAGAGGAUGCUCCUCCAGUAGCAAGACCCCGCACGGGUUCUUUAGAUUUGAAUCGCAUUUAUACUAAUUCACCUUUACCAAAGGGGUCAGCACCGAUGACAGAUUGCGAUACAGCAACAAGAAAGAACAACAGUGCAACAGAUCUCUUCAAUUUGCUUUAUGUCCAUGAUGCAAAACAGGAAUGUCAUACUGUACCUCCUGCACGCUGGGCAACUUUUGAUUAUCCAAAUUGUUGUUUGCAGGACAGGACUCUUUGACUUAAGCCCCUGGAAUUAAUGUUUGGCCAGCUGCUGACAUUAAAGUCAGAGUGGUAGCUGAAGUGGGCAAUGUUUGUUCCUAGCAGGAAAAUGUGGGAUUGGACAGCACAUAUAACUCUUCAUCAAGAUGUGUUGCUGUUUCAACUUGAUAUUGGCAUAUUUUGCAAUUCCUUUCAAAU